UGACUUUGAUUUGACCCCCUGCGCACGACCAAAAAUUAAUCUACCAAUUAAAGUUGUAUCGAACUAAAUUUUCCAUACCUCAAAAUCAAACAAUGAAGCAUAGAUCAAAAAGGGGGUUUGAAUUAUCAUAGAUACAAUUUAUAAUAGUUCAAUUCCAGUCAUGGUGAGUGAGAUUAAAGAUGCUGAUGCAUUGAAAUCUCAACUUUUAACCGAAUCGAUCAUUAAACGUUCACAAUCUGCUCCUAUUUAUUUAUCAGCCAUUGAAAUUAAUGGAGGUGAACGAUUUUCAAAUAAUUUCUUUAAGAAAUUAUUAUACCCCUUGGUGGAUAAAAGUGAUUAUACUUUAAGUCAAUUGAUUAAAGAGAUUGGUGUUACUGAAGAACGAUUAUUAAAAACCAAUGUGUUUAAGGAUAUUGGCAUUAGUUUACAUUCUGAUUAUGCUAAUUUACUUCCUUCAUCAGUCAAAAAUUAUAAUAAUGAAACUCCAAUUUCAACUAAAUUAGUAUUAGAUUUACUGGCUAUUAAUUUAAAUAUCAAUGAAUCAUUUUUGAAUUAUAAUACUCAAGAUAAUUUAAAUGUUAAUUUGGAUUAUCUUAAUAAUAACUUUAAUAAUAAUGCUGAAUUAGUCAACAUUGGAGUCAAUUAUAAUCCAUAUAAACCAAAUGAUCAUUUAAUCACCAAUUUUAAAGGGUUAGCCAGUUUAAAUAAUCCAUCUUAUAAAUUCUUACUUAAUAUCUUACAUAGUCAAGAAAAUAAUCAAGUUUGGCAACAAUCAUCUCAUGGUGUAAGUGGAGGAUUAAUUGGAUUACAAUAUUCUCCUAAUACAAAUUUCCAAUCAUUAACUGGAUUAACAUUAUCAAGAAGAACUCUUCAUAAUAUCGAUGAUGCUGCUCCUGAUGAAUUGAAAUUCUUUGCCGGAGAUUAUUUCAAAUCAUCAAUCUUACAACAAAUCGAUUAUAGUGAUUUAUCAUAUUUGAAUUCCAUCACCAAGAAUUUCCCCGUGCAAGGUACGCAACAACAUGUUGAUGUUGAGUUAGCCUCUAACCAAGAACAACAAAAUCCAAAUAAUAUCGCUAGUUUCAUUAGAGCUGCCUAUAACUCCAAAUAUUAUAGAUCAUUCCUUCAUAAUUAUUUCACUGCUAAAGUGAAUUUUGAUUUUGGUGGUAUUUUCCCAUUAUCAACUAAUACACCAGUUCAUAUUUCUGAUCGGUUCUAUUUAGGUGGGAUCGAUUCAUUCAAUGGAUUUAUUAAAAAUGGAAUCAAUACUAAUGGUGGAUUACAAUUUUAUAAAUUACAAGGUACAUUAUUUUCCAAAUUACCUUCAUUCAUUCAUAAAACAAAGAAAGAAUCAACUACUUUAGGGGGAGAAGAAUCAAACCCAUUAAGAUUAUAUAUAACAUCUUCCCUUGGUAAUGUGUCAGAUAAUAUCUUUGAAGAUGAUACCGGAGCUUCUAAUGUUGGAGUUGGGUUAAGAUAUUUCAAUUAUUGGGCUAAUUUCGAUAUUGGAUAUUUCAUAGCCAAGAGGUUUGGAGCUGAUCAUGGGGAUGAACUGAUUGGUAUUAAAGAUGGAUUCCAUUUCUCAGUAUCUCUAGGAGGAUCUAACAGAUCUCUCUAGGCAUACAUAUAUACAUUCAUCAUCAUAUCAUUAUUAUUUAUUCAUUAUAUAUUCUGUAAAACAUAAAACUAUUCAUAUUAAUAGAUGCAAAAAUUAUACAUUCAU